AUGUCUAGCUUGAGGAUAUUUGUUUUCAUCACUCUUUUUGUAAAGAUCGAAGCACAGAGUGGUGAUGAUGUUAAAAAUUUAAUCACCACAUUAUUCACAACAAAUGAUUAUGUGAAAGAAGUCCGGCCGAAUCGAAAUCAGCUAGAGCCUAUGAUUUUAGACAUAGAUUUCUUCCUUGUUGGAAUAGACGAGGUAGACGAACUGAAACAAAGAUUGAUUACAACUGCAUAUUUAGACAUUGGGUGGACAGAUGAAUAUCUCAAUUGGACUGCUUCAGACUUUGGCGAAUUAUACCAUUUAUAUGUUCCACAAACAGAUAUAUGGAUGCCUGAUAUAACAUUAAAAAAUGGUUUUUCGAAGCUGGAGAAACUUGGAAGCAGUUUUAUCAAAGCCAGAGUGAUGCACACAGGACAAGUUACCUGGGUGCCGUUUGAGGUUUUUGAAUCAAAAUGUACAAUAGACAUUAAGUAUUUUCCUUUCGACCAACAAUCUUGCGACAUAGUUUUUGUUGUGUGGUCAAGUAGUGUUUCAGAUGUGGUGGUAACUCUAUGGAAUAAAGGAAUCCAACUGGACAGCAUGGAGGCUAAUGCUGAAUGGUCAGUUGUGUCCACUUCGGCCAGAGAGAGUAUUAAGUCAACCGAAUCUACAGUAAUAUAUACACUGAAUUUAAAAAGGAGUUCGACAUAUUAUUUAAUGAACAUUAUUAUUCCUAUCAUCUUACUCAGUAUUUUGAAUAUAUUUACAUUCGCUCUUCCAGCUGACAGUGGCGAAAAAAUGGGGUAUUGUAUCACUGUAUUUCUGUCGUUUGCCGUUUUCCUUACCAUUGUCAGUUCAGAGCUUCCAAAAACCUCUGGAUCUAUUUUGGGAUAUUAUCUAAUGUUCCAGCUAGGUAUGGGAACUUUUGUUGUGUGUUGUACAACGAUAGAACUUCGGCUUCAUCAUCGUAAAGACGAUGUUCCCGUGACCAUCAUAAGAAUGAUGAAAUGCCGGAAUGUGAAUAAAAUUACAAAAAUGGAAAAUCAAAAUGGAAGCUUUAGCGAACAGGGGAUUGCAUGGAGUGAUGUAGUUUCAAUGUUAGAUGUUGUGUUGUUUUGGGUAUCAACUGCACUAGUCAUAAUUGCUACAAUGGUCUUACUUGGAUUGCUUUGGACGACAAGUUAA